AAUACGAUCCAUUGCUUUCUAACACUACAAUAUAGUGUUAAUAUAUUUCAUUUAACAUUCGUACGGAUAGUUAUUUAAUUCAGUAAUAAUUAUCGACCUUUAGUUAGUGGCGCCAUUAGUAUAGUUCAUAAACAAUUGCUUUAGGGCUGAAUCAACCGAAACUGUUUGAAACAACAAUGACAUAGUGUACAACAGAGAAAAUACUCUGUACAAUUCUAUGACGUAUAACUUGUAUUUUGACAAUGAUUAUCGCACGUGGUCUCAAAUGGUCAAAAAGCUGCUUUCGGCUUAUUAUACCCCAUUAUUUUCAAAGGGCUCAUUUAUCUAUGUUAAAUAUGAAGAAAGAUCAUUUGGACGAACGCAUUGUUUGGCUAGAUAUGGAAAUGACUGGAAUUGAUGUAAACACAAAUCAUAUUUUAGAAGUAGCAUGCUUGAUUACAAAUAAAAAUUUAGAAGUUGUAAGCACAGAUUUAAAUAUAGUUAUUCAUCAACCAGAUGAAAUAUUAGAAAAUAUGACUCAGUGGUGUAUAAAAAAUCACACGAAAACAGGAUUAAUUGCUGAAUCACGUUUAAGUAAAACUACUGUACAAGAUGCUGAACAAAUCAUACUGGCACAUUUAAAGGCACAUGUAAGAGAAGGAAUAUGUCCACUUGCAGGGAGUUCAGUCUAUAUGGACCGUAUGUUUUUAUAUAAAUACAUGCCAGAUGUUAAUAACUAUUUACAUUAUAGACUUAUAGAUACUUCCACUAUCAAAGAAUUAAUUACGAGAUGGGAUUUGAAUAUACCAAAACUAAAAAAAGAUCAUGCUCAUAGAGCAUUGUCAGAUAUAAAGGAAAGCAUACAGGAAUUAGAAUAUUAUAAGAAACACCUAUUUAAUCUAUAAAGAUUAAAUACAAAUACCUUU